AUUAAAACUCCCUUCGGCUCCAGGAAAAUAUCCCUGUUAUACGUUAAGACUUCAAGAAGAACAUCUUUGAGAACUUCAGCUUUUCUGAUAAUUGUGAUUAAAGUCUUGUGCUGUCAAACCCUCACAUGUCGUCCUGAAGAAUAUCAGAUAGACAAUGAAUGCUGCCCAAUGUGUCCACCUGGAAACAGAGUUAAAAUAGAUUGUACAGAGUUCAGAAGUACAUCAUGUCUGUACUGCAUGGAUGGAACUUAUAUGGAUAAAGCUACUGGACGUAAGCAGUGUUUUCAAUGCACCAACUGUGAUACAGGUUCUGGUCUGAAGGUAAAGAGGUCAUGUACAACAACAUCAGAUACGGUUUGUGAACCACUUGAAGGAUUCUUCUGUAUUGACUUAAUAAAGGACCAAUGUGAAGCAGCACAGAAACACAAGGACUGUGAUCCAGGACAAUACAUCAAGGAAAAAGGUACAUCCUCCUCAGACACUGUGUGCUCUGACUGCAGUGAUGGAACAUUUUCAGAUGGAACAUUAACAUCUUGUCACCAACACACACAAUGUGAAUCAAUGAACCUUCAGCUGAAAACAGCAGGAACUAAGUCAACUGAUUCUGUUUGUGGGGAACAAACUUCAUAUGUUGGAGUUAUUGUGGGCGUCAUCAUUGUUCUGGUUGUUUUAGUCGUUCUAAUAGUAGUAGUAACAGUAUUGUGCUACAUCAAAAUAAAGAACAAAUGUCCAGCAGUUACAGACGAAAAUAAUCAUGCAGACAACUCCAGAGAGAAUCCCCAAGAUACACAACAACCAGCACAAGAAUUGAUGCCAUUGUCACAGCAGGAGGUUGAACCUGUGUAACCAGUCUAAACUCUCAGAUGAAAUCUGUUUUCUGUGGACGACAUUUGCUCCAGAAUCCAGUAAUUAUACAUUUGGAUGCUGUCUUCACAGAGAACAGAAAAGACAAAUCAGUCACAUAGAGACAGUUAAACUGAGUGUGUCUAUCUUAAUAGACUAAUAGUUUGAGACUGUCCUGGUCUGACCUGUUAAGAUU